AUGGCUAACGACCGGGACCACAUCCUGACGCUGUCGUGCCCCGACAAGCCGGGCAUUGUGCACGCGGUCACGGGAGUGUUUGCCCGCGAGGGGCACAACAUCCUGGACCUGCAGCAGUUCUCGGACCCGACAAGCCAACGCUUCUUUAUGCGGGUGCACUUUGGGCCGACACCAGCGCCGUCGACGGAACAUCUCAAGCCGGCCUUCGACGCGCUGGCGGCCGAGUACGCCAUGACGUGGGACAUCCGACCUGUGGCGCGCAAGACUCGGGUGCUCAUCAUGGUGUCCAAGAUCGGCCAUUGUCUCAACGACCUGUUGUUUCGCGCGAAGACGGGCCAGCUGCCCAUAGAGAUUGCGCUGAUCGUGUCCAACCAUCCCGACUUCGCGCCGCUGGCUGCUAGCUACGGCAUCGAGUUCCAUCACCUGCCUGUUACCAAGGAGACCAAGGCACAGCAGGAGUCGCAGGUGUUGGAGUUGAUCAAGAAAAACGACGUUGAGCUCGUUGUGCUGGCACGCUACAUGCAGGUGCUCAGCCCGAUGCUCUGUGAGGCUAUGUCUGGCCGCAUCAUCAAUAUUCACCACAGCUUCUUGCCCUCGUUCAAGGGCGCGAAGCCCUACCACCAGGCCUACGAGCGCGGCGUCAAGAUCAUUGGCGCCACGGCGCAUUUUGUCACAGCCGAUCUGGAUGAGGGCCCGAUAAUCGAGCAGCGUGUUGCCCGCGUCGACCACAGCAUGAGCCCCAAGGAGCUCGUCGACGAGGGUUCCAAUAUUGAGAGCCAAGUGCUUGCUGCUGCCGUUAAGUGGUAUGCUGAAAGGCGUGUGUUCCUCAACGGCAACAAGACUGUCGUCUUUUCCUGA